UCGAUAGCCGUUUUUGCCAGCUCUAACCGCGCACGUGUUGGAUUCCCGUGUUGUUUUGGACAAAAUUGUUGCGUUCUUUAUUUUGAGCCUUUCUCGCGUGGAUCAUGGGCAAAUUCCGAUCAAAACUGAAGCGCCAUGGCAAGGGCAAGACAUGGAGCAAGGGCCAGUCGGCCGUUUCCAAUCCCGACCAGAUGAAGCACCGCCUGAAGGCGAAAUCACGCUUCUUUCAGCCCAAUCUGAGCCUAGCGGCUGCUACGCCCACUGGCCUUACAAUGGAGGCGGUGCAUAAGCACGAGCAGCGACAGGCCUACAAUGCGGAAACCACAACCGUCAACGAUGUGGCCGGCAGCCUAAUGAGCUUCAAUCUGAACGAUGACGACGACGAAGGAAUGUCCGGUACGGGAACAGCGCCCUCCGGCACCGCUCAGACCUUCAAGACCUUCGCUUCAAACUACACCAGCUGCAGCAACAUGAGCUUUAAGAAACUCCUCACCGGCUUCCGUGCCUCAUCCGAUCUGCACAAGGAAAUGCUGGCAAUACUCAGUGCCCUAACCGAAAUAAUCCGAGAGAAGGGCGGCGGCGAAACCUCCACAGAGUACUUCCUGCUGCUCAUGGAACAGAUCGAGGCGGCGCAGGAGGAGCGUGACAUUAUAGCGGGUGUAUCUUUGCUAUCCAUGGGCAUUAAGUCUGUGCCGGCGCCCGUGUUACGACGGCGUUUCGGCCAGACCGCUGCCACGCUGCAGGCAUUGCUCCAGCGAUUUAUUGAGACCAGCAAUCAGUCUGUCAUGCGUUAUAUCGUUGGCUGCCUCUCAGUGCUUCUGCGUGCCCAGGAAUAUGCCACAUGGACGUAUAGUUCCACUUUCCAGUACUUCGAUGCCUUGCUGGCAUUCAGCAUUCACUCCAAGCCCAAGAUACGCAAAGCAGCCCAGCAUGCAGUGGUGUCCAUUAUCCAUGGCAGUUGUUUCAUGCUGCCGCCAGUGAAAGCCAACGCAGAUGAAGAGGAUUUAUCGGAGAAGAAGGAUCAGGAGCAACCCAAGGUGAAGCACCAUCCGGCGAGCAGCCGCGUGACCAAAUUCUGUCUCGCCCAAUUCAAGCCCGAGGUGCUGGCCAAUGCUCAGACCACGGUGCUGUACACACUGGCCCUGCUGAAGGACACACUAUCUGGCUUCCGGACAGAGGAUAUACGCAAUGUGUGCGAGCAUCUGCUAUCCAUUAUGACGGCAGCCAACGUCCUCGUGCGUACAAACUGCUUUCAAGUGCUGCACGCUCUCUUCCUGACCCGCAGCCCCAACCUGAAUGCAUCGCUGUGUGCCAAGCUCUUGGCCGCCAUCCAUGAGUAUCGUCCGGAUCGAAGCGAUGUCCGUCAGAUGCUGGCCUGGAUUACGGUCUUGAAGGAGGGUCACCUCCAUUUGGCCGCAUUGCAGCUGGACUUGUGCAUGCAGGCUCUGCCGCGUCUCGUUGAUGUUUGCACCACGGACUUGUGGCUAUCAGAUCGCACAGAACUGGUCGUCGGCGUCUCGAAUUGUAUCAAGGAGCUGCUUCAGGACUGUGUGGCCACGGCCUGUAGCUCAACGGAUCCAGAGGCUGUGCAGCGGAAUCGCCCAAAUGUUGCGAGGAUAAUAGAGUCAAUGCAUAAGGUUCUGAAUGCCCCAUUCGGUGAGAUCUCCAAAUAUGUAAUCCUCAUCUUCUCCAUUGUCUUUGAGGCGUGUGGCAAGCAAUUUGGCAAGGAGCUAACCCCAUCCCUGCUGACCAUUGCCAAGCGCUACGACACCCAGAGCAGUAAUCGUCUCCAGAUCGAGCAUACGCUUAUCAGUGCCAUUAAGGCUUUGGGUCCGGAGCUAGUGCUCACAGCGAUACCCUUGGCGGAUCCCAAGAGCGGCGGCAUGCAAAUGGAACGCACCUGGCUCUUACCACUGCUUCGCGAGGGUGCCAAUGGCGCCAGCCUACAAUUCUUCAAAGAGAAGAUAAUGCCCCUGGCGUUGGACUGUCAGGUGAAGUGGCAGGACAAAUCAUCUCCCACCUCGGCGCACAUUUACGAGCUGCUGUGUUGCCAGCUGUGGGGCCUGUUUCCCGGCUUCUGUCGUCAGCCCAGGGAUCCCGAAUAUCUGCGGCACUUGGCUCCCACUUUGGGCGCUGCCCUCGAAAAGAAUCCCGAACUGAGGGCGCCCAUAUAUGAUGGACUGAUGGAGCUGCUUGACGAGAGCCAGAGCCGGGAGUGUCAUCAGGCUAUUGGCAUGUAUGCCAAAAACUUUCUGCCCCGCCUGUUUAACAUUUACACCCAAAAGCCGAAUGGCACUUAUGAGGCGGACCAGAGGAAGCGCGCCCUAGAUGUAAUACGUUUGUACAUCUCGCGCUCGCCCACGGAUGUUCAGCUGCAGCUCUUCGAGACCGCCCAGGGCCAGUUGGCGUCGAGUGCGGUGGCUAGCUUCGAGUACGAUGCUUUGUUUGAUAUUAAUGCCGCCAUUGUGCGGGUGCAAAAGUGCCGCAACAUCGAGGCGUACUUCGAGAAGUACAUGGCACCCAUUCUGAGGAACGACAAGUCCAAGCUGGUGGCCAAGGAUGAGCAGAAGCUGAAGAAGCAACAGAGGAAGACCUAUGAACUCCUGCGCGAGCUUAUGACCUCGGAUCAGGCGUCCUGCCAGAAGUUUACCCGAAAGAAUAGCCAAGUCCUGCAGCAAAUCCUCCAGGACGCAUUCAACACCAGCUGUAGCGUGUGCCAGGCCUCGCGUUUGUACUGCCUCAAAUCCCUAAUGGAUUGUCGCAAUAAUCUAGCUUACAACGAUCAGCUGGUGACGAAGGCCAUUCCCGAAGCCGUACUCAAUUACAAGGACUUCAGCACACGCAAGGAGUCGGUGGCUGAGCAGUUAAUUAAAUUCAUUGCCCAACUGUAUCAGGAUGCGGGCCAAAUUAAUGAUUUCGUUGAUAUUUUAACGGCUGGAUUUACCGGCGACGAAUCCCUGGUGACGAACACAAUCCUGGCAUUUAGAGCCGUCAUCCAGCAGCAGGGUCAACACCUAACUGUGGCCACCUUAGAGUUUGUGUUGCAGCAGGUCUCAGUGUUCCUGGUCCAAAAGUCACGCAAUCAAUCGGAGGCAGCCGUUGCCUUUCUGAUCACCUACAUCAAGGUGAUGCCCAUACCCCUGGUGUCUAAUCAUAUGGAGACGAUUAUGCGCUCCUUGUCCGCCAUGACCAAGGAUACGAAGCGGUAUUGUCGCAUUCAGAUUGGUUAUUUCCUCAAGAAGCUCUGCAAGCGUUUCACCACCGAAGAACUGGCACGCUUCGUGCCUGGUGAUGAUGAGAUCACCCAUCGGCGGCUCAAGAAGAUACGCAAACAGAUGCGUCGGGAUACGCGCAAGAAGCUGAACGAGGAAGCCCAGGCGGAUAGCUCCGAUGAGGAGCUCGUCGGUGGCAAUCUAGAGCAGAAGAGCUAUACCAUUGAUGAUAUUCUGGCUGAUUCGGACUCGGAUCUGCCCGAGGACGAAAUGGAUGCGGAGGAUGCAGAGGGCAGCGGGGCUGGCAAACGACGCAACAAAACUAAGCAGCCUAAGAAGAGCACCUACAUUCGCGAGGAACCCGACGAGAUUGUCGAUCUGGCCGAUCUCAAGUCCAUUGGCAAUGUGCUGACCAGUGGCUCUGCUGCUCAAACGGUGGCCGCCGCCAAGAGCCUCAAACAGAAACCUCAGUUGCCCAAUGGUGGCUUUAAGACGGCCGACGAUGGCCGCCUGAUCAUCAGCGACAAGGCGCUGCGCGGCCAGGGCGGUGGCGACUCCGACUCCUCGGAUGAUUCCGACGACGCAUCAAUGGAGGACGAUUCUAAAGAGCCAAAGGCCAAGCGUGGCAUGGAGGAGGAUUCCAGCGAUGAGGAGGAACUGCAACAUCAAUCAGUGGGUGCGGGUGCUAAGCGAAAGCGCAAGGCCAGCGAUGCGUUGAGCAUGAAAUCCGGAAAGACAACAGCCAGUAGUCGUUACACUGCCGCCGGUGGUGGCAAGGGUAUUCAUCGACAGCUGGGAGGAGCUGGAAACACUGAUGCCAUGUCCAUGAAGUCAGGAAAAUCGGGCAAAUCCGUCAACCGAACAGCCGGCAAUGAAUAUACCAGCAAAAAGGCCAAGGGCGAUAUGAAGAAACGGGGCCAAUUGGAUCCAUAUGCUUACAUACCGCUCACCAGGAAUACGCUUAACAAGAGGAAACGUUCAAUGAACUCGAGAAAAUUCAAGAGCGUUCUGCGUGGAGCAGGCGCCGAGACAAACGGAGGUGGCGGCGGCCGUGUGUCCAAGAAAUACAAAUAGGCUGGAGAUCUGGGGGAAUCAUUGGCCUUCCAACUAACUGGAUCAUAAAGCUAUAGAGAUAAUAAGCCGGAUGAUAAGCUAAUGACUGAAGCUGGCAAGACGUUGGAUGAAUACUUCCCCACCCCUGUUACCUUGCUUAAAUAUAUAUAUAUAAACAAAUAUUGUAUAAUUAAUGAAGACGACGCAGUGAUGUAUUAAAAAUGAAAAGAAAACAAUUACGAUUGCGUCUUUUAACGAAGAUAAC